AUGGCAAGCAAAUUCUUGAUCCUCUUGUCCCUCUUGGCGUUGGCCGGCUCCAGCUUGGCUGGCGUUGCCACCUACUCCUACAACCCGUACGCCGCCUACCAUCACGUGCCCGCCGCCGUGACCACCUACGCCAGUCCCGCCCACCAAGUUGUGUAUCACCAUGCCGCCCCCGCAUUCUACCAUCACGCGCCAGUCGUCACAAAGUCAUACGUCGCGCCAGCGCCCCUUGUUGCUGCCGCUGCACCAGUUGUUAAGACCGUCGCUGCCGCUCCUGCUGUACAAGUAGCCGCUGCUGCACCCGUUGUCACUAAAACUGUUGUCGCUGCUGCACCCGCACCCGCUACCAUCGUAAAAGAAGUUGAGGUCGAGUCUGCUCCCCGCUACGAUUUCUCCUACGGUGUGCACGACUCGCUGACCGGUGACAUCAAAAACCAAGCGGAGACCCGCACUGGCGGCAAUGUUGCUGGCUCCUACAGUCUCGUAGAUGCCGAUGGCUACAAGCGCACCGUAACCUACACCGCUGACGAUUUGAACGGCUUCAACGCUGUGGUGCAACGCGAACCAAUUGUCGCUAAAGUUGCUGCAGUUGCUGCGCCCGCCGUGCAACAAGUUGUGUCUGCCCAACCAGUCGUUCCCGUGCAACAGCAGUACUUGCAAUACUUGCCACAACAGCCCAUUGCUGCCGCUCAACCAGUAGUGCCAGCCGCCGCCGAGCCAGUGCCCGUUGAGUACCCCGAACAGCAACCAGAACUCGCGCAACAACAACAACCGGAACAACCACAAUAUCCACAGAACCAACACUACCCACCCUACCCGCAACCAGAAGGUGAUGACUCCGAUGUCGUCGAUGUACGCUCUGUCAACAAUAGCAACAAUGCUGAGCCAUCCAACGAAGCUGCCCCCGCACCUGUGGCGGAAGCGGCGAAGGAAGCUUAAGCUACGCAAAUUGUGAU